AUGGCCCCGCACCGCAGGUCUCUCCCUCCCCCCUCGCUUCUAUCUCUGCAUCUCUUCUCCCCGACGGGAACAGCCCGCCCCUGAUUUGAUUCUGCCAGGAUGAUCGCGCGCGGCCUGCUCCGAUCCAAUGCCUCAUCGCAGGCAAGCAAAUUGGUGAAGUAUUUUACCAGCACGGGGGGCUUACAAGGGCACGCAGAGAGCUUGUCAGAUGCAUCAGUCAGGCAUUUCAGUUCAGCAUCGUCUCCUCAGACUAACUCAACCGACGAAAAUGGGUUUAAGGGGCAUGGCAUGUUGGCACCAUUCACAGCUGGAUGGCAGAGCAAUGAUGUGCAUCCGCUGGUUAUUGAGAGAUCUGAGGGUUCUUAUGUUUAUGACAUCAAUGGGAAUAAGUAUCUAGAUUCUCUAGCAGGACUGUGGUGUACAGCUUUAGGUGGUAGUGAGCCUCGAUUAGUCAAAGCUGCAACUGACCAAUUAAACAAGUUACCCUUCUAUCACUCCUUCUGGAAUCGUACAACCAAACCAACAUUGGAUCUUGCAGAUGACCUUCUUAGCAUGUUCACUGCAAACAAAAUGGGAAAGGCAUUCUUCACAAACAGUGGUUCGGAAGCAAACGACUCACAGGUCAAACUAGUAUGGUAUUAUAACAAUGCAUUGGGGAGGCCAAACAAGAAGAAGUUUAUUGCACGAACAAAAGCAUAUCAUGGAUCAACGUUAAUAUCAGCUAGUCUCACUGGUCUUCCUGCCCUGCACCAGAAGUUCGAUCUACCAGCACCUUUUGUACUGCACACAGAUUGCCCUCACUACUGGCGCUUCCAUCUUCCUGGUGAGACAGAAGAAGAAUUUGCAACAAGACUUGCCAAAAAUUUAGAGGAUCUUAUCCUCAAGGAAGGACCAGAAACCAUUGCUGCCUUCAUUGCUGAGCCUGUGAUGGGUGCUGGUGGUGUCAUCCCUCCUCCAAAGACCUAUUUUGACAAGGUUCAAGCUGUGGUUAAGAAGUAUGACAUCCUUUUCAUAGUAGAUGAGGUCAUUACUGCAUUUGGAAGGUUGGGAACUAUGUUCGGAUCUGAUAUGUAUAACAUCAAGCCAGAUCUAGUCACCUUGGCCAAGGCUCUUUCAUCUGCCUAUGUGCCCAUUGGAGCAACUCUUGUUAGCCCAGAAAUAGCAGAUGUGAUUGAUACUCAGAGCAAUAAGCUUGGCUCAUUUGCUCAUGGCUUUACAUACUCCGGCCAUCCAGUUGCUUGUGCUGUCGCCAUUGAAGCGUUGAAAAUCUAUCGGGAAAGGAAUAUUCCUGAUCAUGUGAAGCAAAUCGCUCCACGCUUCCAGGAAGGAUUGAAGGCCUUUGCAGGAAGCCCAAUUGUUGGGGAGAUCCGUGGUGUAGGGUUGAUAAUUGGAACUGAAUUCGCCGACAACAAAUCACGAGAUAGCCCAUUCCCUGCUGAAUGGGGUGUUGGUGCUAUCUUCGGGCAGGAGUGCCAGAAGCGUGGCAUGUUGGUUAGGGUUGCGGGCGACAGCAUUAUGAUGUCACCACCAUUGACAAUGACCCUUGGCGAAGUUGAUGAGCUUGUGAGCAUAUAUGGAGAAGCUAUGAAGGCCACAGAGGGGAGAGUGGCAGAGCUCAAGUCGAAGAAAAACUAGACAAAGAUGCAGCACGACGUCGGCGGUAAUCUCGGAUGUGUACAGAAUAAUUCCUCGCUGUCAGGUGGUAAUAACGGCGCACCGGAACGGAACGAACACUGUUCUUGAUGCGCGAAAUGGCGAAGUAUUUCUUUCACCAAAGCCACGGUGAUUGAUGACAUGAUUCCACACAAGAUAGAUGUGGGUCCAUUCUUGCAUGUAUAGAUAAUCUGCCAAAUAAAGCCGUCUAUAUGAUUGCCGCUUUGAUAAUCUCUUGUACUGAACGCGUUGAGUUUAGAAUGAAACAUUUUGAAAUAAUUCCCUUGA